AUGGAAAAUUUUUCAAUUCUAAACCCGCAUUGCAAAAAAGGCGAUGAGAUUAAAAUAAAAAAGCAUAAAUUAUAUAUGUAUAUAUACAAUCACAAUCAAUCACAUUCACAAUCACAAAACCACAUCGAAUCAUCAUUGAAUAUGGAUCUCCAAACUAUACUCACAGAAAUCAACACUUCGUUAGCUUCCACCUCAGAAUCCAUACAAAAGAUCCAGAACUCUUAUAGAGAUGAAUCCAGUGCCCAAGACGAUGCCUUGAUAAAAAAAUUACAAUCGCAUCUUUCAACAGAUAAUGCUACUGGUAAUCAUGAAAAAGUCUCGUUGCUAUCGUUGAAAAAUGAUACUCUGUUAGCUUACAUCAACUCCUUGUUACUUAUCAUUGGUAAUAAACUAAAUAUAAACGACGCCAAAGAUGAUGAUGAUUUGGAAAAGAAUCAUCAUGAAUUAGAUAAAUAUAGAGAAAAUACAAUCCAGCAUAGAAUAGUCAUGGAAAGAGGUAUUAAACCUUUGGAAAAAAAAUUGAAUUAUCAAUUAGAUAAAUUAGUAAGAACUUAUACUAAACUAGAGAAGGAUUAUUUGGAAUCAGAAAAAAGAGCUUUGGAAAAACUUUCUCAUUCUUCCUCCAGUUCAGAUGAUGAUAAUGAUGACUCAGAUCAAGAUAGUUCAGAUGAGGAUGAAAAAAUGGUAUUUAAACCAAACAUAUCUGGUCUACUCACUAAAGAAGAUACUAAAAAAUCUAAACGUACUGAAAUUGAAGCUGAAGCUGAAAUGGAAACUGAAGCUGGAACUGAUUCAGUUUAUAAACCACCUAAAAUUAAUGCCAUCGCACCACCAAAACAAACACAAUUCGUAGAUAGAUUCGAUCCUAAAUAUCAUAAAGAUAAUACAAGAGGUAGUCGUAUGCAAGCUAUGGAAGAAUAUCUAAGAGAAUCCUCAGAUCAACCAGAUUGGGAAUCUUCCAUCGGUGCAAAUAUCGUCAACAGUGGUAGAGGUGGGAUUAAAUCUCAUAGAGAUACUGAAGUGGAUCGUAAAAUGGCAGAUUUUGAAGAAGAAAAUAUGACAAGAUUGGGUUCUGGUGCAGGUAGUAAGUUGGCAAAGAAGAAAAUGAAACAAAGAGAAAGAUAUGCUCAAAUGAAUAUAGUGGGUGGUGAAGAUUUCAGUAUUUUCAAUUCAAAACGUAAAUUAGAAUCAACAACCUCUAGAAGAGGAAACAAGAAAUCUCGUAAUGCCUGGGAGCGUGCUAAACAAAAUUUAUAG